AUGGCCGGACUAGACAUCCCGGCACCCAAAGAGUCCUUUAAUCCUGCCAAGCAUUUGGACGGGCGGAUCUCCAGUUCUAAACGUCACUACGCGUACUGGAGAACUCACUGGAAGAAGGAUGAUGAUAACGAGGCUCCAGGCAGUCCUCGACAGCCGCGAAGUCGAACGAAGUCACACGAAGCAUUCACGAACACAUCGAACACUGGACGAAUGUUUUUCUUCACUAGGACAGGCCAGUGCCACAGA